ACUACGAAACAUCGAACUGUUCUCACAGAUCACUCUCAAACUUUUUCCCAUUUUCUCUCAAAAAGAAGAAACAGCGAAAUUUGUAAUUCUCAGUGACGCCAACCCUGACUCCGUUUGACGCGGCUCCGAUGGUCACCGCCGGCGACCUCGCCGCUGCCGCCAACUCCUGAGACCUCGUCGCGCCUAGGCCCUAGGCAGGGCGUGAGCUUGCCUCCGCCGCGAUCCGGGUACCAGUCCUCGAGGAUGCAGUACCAGCACGCUGGCAGUCGAAGCCGCAUGCCGCCAUUCGCGCGCGGCGGCGGCGCCUACAGCCGCGGACGGAAGCAGUUCUACCCGCCGUCUCCCCUCCCGUCGGCGGCGCUGUCUCUGCCGCUGCAGAACAAGUAUGAGGUGCUCAUGGAGGCAGGCCGCCUCGCUGCCGAGUACCUGUUGGCGAAGGGCGUGCUCCCACCGGGCUCCCUGCAGCAACGCAGCGGGACAGUCGUCCCUGGAGGGUGGGGCCAGCUUCCUCCUCCGCCUCCGCUUUCCGUGACUUUGGAAGCCCAAGCUUACCACGGGGCCAGGAAUGGCCGGCGGCAGGUCGAUGAUGAGUGUGGUAUUCGUAAUGCCAGCUCGCGGCGGAACCGUGGUGGUGACUACAGUAGCAGCAACAGUAGUAACUACAAUAGAAGGGGGAAAAGGAAAUUUGGGGCUGACAAUAGGUAUUCAGAUUGGGCAAAGGAUAGGGGGAGGAACAGGCGGUAUUCUGAUAUCCGGAGUUAUGAUGACGAUGAUGACAAUGGGGCUCCUGGGUUCAAACGGGAGCGCCGAAGCAGUGGUGGGAUUGACGAGGUUGGCAGUAGGGUGUCAGGGGUGGCUGGGGAGGGACCAUCAUCGAAGGUGGAGGCGAUGGGGGAGUCGGAGCUGGAGGAUACUGGGUCAAAGGCUAGUUCUAACAGCAAUGUCCAGCAGAAAGCUGAUGCUUCGCAAGAGGCGAAGGAUGAAAAUGAGGCAAGCAAAAUGCAGGAGAAUAGUGUGGUGUCUAAUUCAGAUGUAGUCGAGCAAGCUUUGAAUGGUGAAGAUAAUAGCAACAAUGAUUCUUCUGAUGGUGUUCAAGAGUUAGAGACAAAACAUUUGCCAGUAUCCUCAGGUGAAAAGGUCUCAGAUGGGAGGCCUGAAGAUAGUGGUGUUCUGAAUGGCAAGGUUGAAGAUGGCAGUACUUCGCAUGAGAAGGCUGAAGAUGAUACAACGUCAGAAGAGGUCUCCAUUAUGGAGAACAAUUUGCCUAAUGAUGUUGGAAAUUUGCUAAAUUAUUGUAAUUUUGCAAGAGUUCCAACAAGACCACGAUCAGUGCUUGCAAACAGGAAUGUUGAACCAGCUCAAAAAGAAAUUGAUGUGUCCGAACUGGUCAAUCCAGUUACUCCUGAAGAAAUGUCCCAGAUGGCAAUUGAUAGAGAAGCUAACACCAAUUCCAUAACUAAUAUUGAGGAAAACAGUAAAGACGAGCUCGUUGGUCAAGACCAAGAACGUGCUGAAGAAAUUAAUAUCUGCAAUCAAGUGGCGGAAUCAAUGGCAUUCCAUGAAAAGGAAACACAAGGUGAAACUGAGGAAAUGGAAGAGCAGAAGAACAUCCCUCGACAUUAUGAAGUUGAGGAUAAUAAUGAGACUAAUGAACUGUCUCCUACAUUUGCUUCUUGUCAGAAUAACUUCAGUUUGCAAGUGGAAAAAGGAAUACAAAUCUACAAUUUAGAUACCCCGCCACAAGAUGAAGUGUUGAUUGAUCCACCCGAUAAAGGGAAGACAGUUGAUUCAGAGUUAUCACCUAACAUCAAAGCAGAAGAUGCUGUUACAAUAGAAGAGGAAAAGCUUGGCCAGUCUAGCUCAUUUAAAAUACGUGAUCUCAACCUGGUUGGUAGUCCAGAGGUUGCCGACAUGCGAGGUGACCCUCGUUUAGGCCAAAGCUUCACUGCUAGAUGUUCAGUGGACCUACAAGAUAAUCAACAAAUUGACCUUGGAACAGCUCUUGGUAACAAUCCAAAUAAUACUGAUACAUGUACCCCAUUUCUGUUGGCAAACAAGGCAGUUCAAGUUAUUGAUAUCGAAGAUGACUCACCAAUUGAAGCUGGUGCUUGUGACACUUCAAAGUCAAAAGGUGAGAUGGUAUAUUCUAGCAUGGAGGGCUCGAUGAACCCUCCGGCAAACAACGAUGCUCUACAUGGUAUCCCAGAUGGUUAUAGCCUUGCAAUUUCAGAUUACCUUGGUGCUGAUAUGUCAUGCUACCAAUCAAUACAAACAGAACUUCAAGGUGGGAUGAACCUAAAUGGUUCAGAGGGCAUAACUGUUAUGGAUGAUUCAAUAUACAGUUCUCUUGGUGACAUAGGUUUUAUGGAGGUUUGGGACCAGCAACCUCAAGACUAUGAGAAGUUCUUCUGAGGCGCUCGUAUCCCUGAAACUGUUCUGGAGUUCGACUGAUAAAUAGACCAGUUACACUUGCAUAGGCAGAAAUAAAACACCUGAUCGUGCCUAUAAACUGGAAACCCGUAUACUUGUGCGCCAGCAGCAGCUCUUUCACUUGUAUGUUCCAGGCCAUGCAUAUUGGGGCUUUUGUACGGGUGCAUCCUACGCGAAGCACUUUCCCUUCUGUAAUACCAGGGUCUGCGUCGGCAGCUCAAAGAGCAGAUAUUCGUAUGAAACAGUUCUUUGACUCCCUGCCUUGCCCGACAGCGGUGUAAAAAGUUGUCGUAUAGCUGCCACGUAAUUCAAAGGAAUUGACCUAAGCACGACAUAGUAUUCGUCUGAAACAUGUCUUCAUUUAUAAACAGUUCUAUAUUCCGAAAUAGAAUUGUUUAUUUGUUAUA